GUAUCAGGAACAGUCAGUACCGACACCGGGGCCGUACGUUCAAGAGUUGAACUCACAUAAAAUAUAUUUGUUGUUUUGCAAAUACGGAACGGAAACGAAAUCGAUAGAAAUGUACGAGUGCGAGCACUGCGGUUGCAGGAAGACGACCCUGAGCGGGGCUCCCACGUACGAGCUGCGGCGCACAUCCACCGGCGCUGAGGUGGUGGGCGAACGGCGCUGGAUCUUCGACACCUGCAGCAUCUGCCACAACGUGAGGUUCUUCCGCCAGUUGGAGGAGGACGACGAGGCCGCGCUGGCGGAGCCACACAAGUCCGAUGCGGCCGAGGAACACGAGGGAUUGCACGGCGGCGGGAUGGAGGAUGGACAGAUUUCCAAGGGCGAAACAGAGCCAGAGCCAGAGCCUGGGGAUGGGUUUGGCGAUGGGCAGGACCAGCUGGUUCCGGUCAUGCAGCGCGUCAAGAUGUUGGAGGGCAAGGCCAAGGAAGCCCACCCCAAGCCGACAAAGGGUCAGCGGGGGGGCAAGCAGCCGGAGCCGGAGCCGGAGCCAGAGCCGGAAGCGGAGACCGAUGCGGAGUACCCAGUUGUCUCCGUGACGGAGUCCUUCGCCUUCGACCGCGCGACCAGUGGCGGGGACAGUGUCAAGCCCUGUACUCCCAGAACAUCCUUUAAAAUCCCCCUCAAGCGCUACUCGCUGCAGCCCGGACUGAAGUGCAAGCGGAAGGCCAUGAGCCGUUUGGCCAGCAUUCGCCUGGACGUCAAUCAUCAGCUCAAGAAGACCCAGCUGGAGCUGCGCGAGCUGGUGGAGAAGCGAGUGCAGGCCCUGAACGACGGGGACGGCCCAUCGCUGGCCCCUGCCGCGGCGGCGGGAAUCGCCCCGCUGCUGGACUCCGUCGUGGAGUUCCUCCUGGAGCAGUCGCUCUACAAGGACAAGGCCAGCCAGACAGAGCACGAAGCUGGAGGCGGAGGCGGAGGCGGACGUCUCCUCUCGACAGUGGAGCAGCUGCGGCACCUGGUCGAGACGGUGUCGACGGUGAAGCGGUGCAGCUACCAGUCCAUCGGGCAUGCCGCCCGCAAGGCCCUUCGCGGGAUGAAGCACACGGACUGCACGACGAAGGCCCUCCAGGCGGAGGAUCAGUUCCACCCGGUGUCCUUCACGGACAAGGAGCUGCUCGGGGCCCUCGCCAGCAAGGCCCACCUGUUCGAGGACACGGCCCCCAAGCAGCCCCUCUACCCCAAGGAGCCGAUGCCGUGCCCCGACCUGCACUGCCCCAAAACGUGCUUCCCCUCGGAGCUCAACGAGCAUCUGUUGAGCGACCAUCCGGGCCUGAAGGCGAAGCCAGUCGGCCUGCGACAGAGCGAGACCCUCUACAUGGACCCCAAGGCGCUGCCGCUCAACGAGGCCACUUGCCUCCAGCUGUACGAGGUGAAGGACAAGAUCGCCCACGCCCAGGCCGGCUGGAGGGGCGACGUGCUGCCCGUGCUGGUCAUGGCAGCCCGCGCACGGUUCUCCAACGACUCCGACUCCAACUCCGACUCCAACUCCGACGACGUGGAGGACGCUCUGCUCUUCUGGCUGAGCAGCUUCCGUCAGGCCGACCUUCGGCUGUACGGCACCCUCUCCGUGUGGUCGCCGCGCGCCCACAUGGCCGACACCCUCACGGUGCUCACCGGCCAGACCCACGACAUCUGCGACCCCAAGGACCUGGCGACCAUGCUCCGUAGUCCCUGCACCGUGGUGGUGCCCCACGCACAGCUCCAGCGCAUGACCGCCCGCAACGGCGGCCCAGAGACCAGCCUCAUCGCCGUUCAAGUGCAAUUCCAGUAG